AUAAAAUAAAUUCAUUUACAACGCGAUCGGUGUCCGUUGGACCUGCUGUGAAGCAGGAGCGAGAUUUUACAACACGCGAUUACAAUUUAAGUGUAUUGUGCAAAUAUGUUUUAGUGCCUUACUAUAAUUUUGAUUGGAUUAUACGUGUGUGAAUAGUGAAAGUGUGAAAUUAACCUUAUCAAAAUGAGUGCCAAAAGAGUGAUUGAAUCCACGAAGGUUCCCGUGCAGGAGAGCGCAGAUUCCGGUUAUCUGUCUGGGCCCAUUAGCGGAGGAUUGGAUUCAGAGGCCUUAUCAGGUCCUAUUUCUGAAGAACUCCGUCAUCCCGAAGAUGUGUCGAGUCCUCAGUCGUCGACACUGUUGAGUUCAGAUAAAACUGAAAUGGACUCUGGUGUUCUGACGGAGGGACCUUGCGAUGAGCUUGGCAGCACGGAGUUAGAUUAUAAAGUAGGGGAGCUUCAGGCGGAAAUGCAGAAAUGCGAUAUUGAUAGUCCACCUGAGGUUAAUGUUAGCCCUCCCUCAAUACCAGAACACUUGCAAAUACCCCUUGCCAAAGUUUUCCAACAGGAUGCAGAUGGUGACAACGUAUUGCACAUCACAGCUGUUCACGGCUGCAAAGUGAGAACAGCACUGCUCAUCAGACUUGCGCCGCACCCAUCAUGGCUUGACAUCACAAAUGACUAUGGCCACACAGCACUACACCUAGCCGUGAUGAGCGGACAUGCCAUCAUUGCCAGAAUGCUUGUCAAGGCGGGUGCCUCCUUCGCCAUCAGAGACCACAUGGGAGAGACGCCACUACACACAGCAGUAAAAUCUGGGAAACGAGACUGCUUACUUGCACUCUUAGACCCUGUACCUGACCGUAAAGACCAGAAGGCUGUGUUGAACCAAACAAAUUAUCAUGGUCAAGCUUGCGUGCACAUCGCAGCCAAAAGGGGAGACAUAGAAAUGCUGCAAACUCUCGUAAUCUACGGUGCCGACAUUAACGCCAAGGACGGCAGCUCAGGUUGGACACCGCUGCACAUCGCGGCUCGGUCCGGCAACCAGGCCGUGUCUCAGUACCUGCUGGAGCGGUGCCCCAAGGUGUGGAAGUACGCUUCCGACUACGCCGGACGCACGCCCAUGCGCCUGUCGCGCCGCACGUCCGUACACGACUACUUCGUGAAGGCGUACAAGCAUGAUGAUGACGAGGAUUACACGAGUGAUGAGGACGAUGGCGAUGACUUUAUGGAGCUACACAAGUCGCAGCCGGUGGCGGUGUGACGUCAUUAAGUAAACAACAUUGAACGCGACCGAGCGCUUACGUUAUUGUUACGUUAGACUGAAGGGGUGGCCCGUUCACGACAACGCCCAAGCGUGCAAUCUAAACGUUCAAUUGUGUUACCACUUGAAGAAUAAGCCUAAAGAAAUUAUCUUAUCAUUCUAUUCAGACUAUUGUGGCUUAUCAUUUAACGCUAAAUUAUCCCGAUAACUUUUAAAUUGUGUCUACCUAAAUGGGAUUAAAGCAAUUUGAGUCUGAAUUGAAUUAAUCCUUCCAUUUUAUGGUGUCAAGUGAAAAGAUAAUUGUGUAUUUAUUUAAAUUUAAGUUUGCUAAACGCAAACUGUGAUAUUAGAGUUCCGUAGAUCCCUUAUAGGAGCCCGUCCGUCUGUCUAGUCUAUGUCGUUAGUUAGUCUGAGAAUGGAUGGUGUGAGUGACGCGUAGACAAGCGUACAAUUAUUUAAUUAACCCACCAAAUUCGUUGGCUAUGCGUUGACGAUACUUCCUGUUUGUCAUAGUUCGAAUUUAUAUUUUAAAUAGUAUAAUUGUAUGGAUUUAACUUUCCUGCCGAUUGGCUAACACAUGUCUUCCAUAAUAUUUUGUGAAGACAUGUAGUUAGACUUGUUACUAAUGAGCCUACGUUGUUAUCAUUUUGUUUCAACGGGUGUGACGAGAUUCGUUGCUGACGCUGACUGACUUCAAACGGAACUGUCUACCGACUAUCGUACUGUCAGUUGUGAUAGACAUUUGUCCAAGCAGAAUUAGAUCUACCAUGCGGCAAUGAUGGUCAACUUUUUUUAUAGAAAUUAUAUAAAUGUCAAAAUCUAACCUCAAAUACUUGUUAUUAUAUGAAGUAAUACAUCAGAUCAGCGCCGGUACCGGUAUCUGAAAUAGUCAAUCAUUUGUUUCUAUGUUAAUGGUAUGUUUAUGAGUGUAAAUUAUUGUAAAUAGUAAAAUAAACGUGACAACUGUUUCUGAAA